UGUUGAUUUAGAUUGAACAGAUGAUGCUUUGUUGGAGCCAAAAAAAUUGAAAAAAAUUAACCAAUUUUGAUAGAAAAAUGCCGGUAAAAAAUCGAAAAUUAUCGUCAAAAAAUGAAAAUCAAGUCAACAACAAAAAACAACAACAACAACAGCAAGAUAAAAAUCGUUCGAAACAACAAGUAGAAACUGAUUUAAAUUUCAAAAUAUCAUCCAAAUGGAUAUUCAUUUGGUUUUUGAUGGCACGUUUAUGUUCAUCAUUAUGGAAUAAUAUUAAUGAUUGUGAUGAAACUUUUAAUUAUUGGGAACCGGGACAUUUUCUCCUGUAUGGCAGCGGUUUUCAAACAUGGGAAUAUUCACCCAAAUAUUCAAUCCGUUCGUAUACAUAUCUAUGGUUUUAUAUGUUACCGGGUAAAUUAUUGAAAAAUUAUUUCGAAAAAUUUGAAAUUUUCUACAUUAUACGUUGUUAUAUGGCUAUAUUAUCGGCCAUCGUUGAAACAUUUUUGUUCAUAUCAAUUCGAAAAUCAUUCGGUAAUAAAAAUGCCCAAUAUUAUUGUCUGAUAUCCAGUCUAUCGACCGGUAUGUUUAAUUCAAUGACAUCAUUUCUGCCAAGUUCAUUUGCCAUCUAUGCUGUUUGUUUAUCAUUUGGUUUUUGGCUACGUGGAAAUCAUACAUUUUUUAUUGUUUUCUUUGCUGCCGGUUCGAUUCUUGGUUGGCCAUUUGUUUCGGCAAUUGGGAUUCCAAUGGCAUUAUUCUAUUUAUUCAGCAAUCGAUAUCGAAUGAAAUUCAUUCGAACAUCAAUCAUUUCAGCAAUAAUAAUAUCACUGCCAAUCAUUAUAAUUGAUACAUAUUAUUAUGGAAAAUUUGUAUUCGCCCCCAUAAAUAUCAUCCUUUAUAAUGUUUUCAGUGAACAUGGUUCAACACUUUAUGGAACGGAACCAUUUUCAUUUUAUCUGAAAAAUUUAUUUUUAAAUUUCAACAUUUUUUUUAUCAUUUCAUUGUUAUCCAUACCUGUUUUGAUUAUUUCCUCGCUGAUCAACAAUCGAAUGGAUCGACUGAAUUUACAACGACAAAUCUUGAUAAACUGUUCAUUACUUGUUUGGUAUCUGAUAUUUUUCUGUCAAUCACAUAAAGAAGAACGUUUUAUGUAUCCAAUAUAUCCGCUGUUAUGUUUGACAACAUCCUUAACAUUAACAAAUUUAGAAUCGAUUAUCAACAACAAUCGAUUACAAUCGAUAUUGAUAAAAUUAUUAUUUUCAAUAUUUUUCCUGUUAAGUUUAUCAAGAACAUUAGCAUUAUAUCGUGGAUAUUAUUCAUCAUUGAAUAUUUAUCAUGAAUUUUGGCGACCACCAUUAUUGGAUGUUAAUAAUGAUUCAAAUCAAACAUCAACAACAAAAAUCAUUUGUUUGGGUAAAGAAUGGCAUCGUUUUCCAAGUAAUUUUUUUAUACCGGAAAAAAAAUUUCAAAUUGAAUUCAUACGGUCAGAAUUUCGUGGACAAUUACCAAAAUAUUUUGAUAAAAAAGUAAAAUAUCCAACACGUAUUGAACCGGAUGAUAUGAAUGAUCAAAAUCAAGAACAACCAGAACGUUAUGUUAAUGAUAUUCAAUCCGGUUGUGAUUAUAUAAUUGAUACAGAUUAUCCUGAUUACAGUGGCCGUGAUUAUCCAUAUUCAAAACACCCGGAAUCAUGGAAGAUAAUUAAAUCUUUUUGGUAUUUAAAUCAAAAACAAUCCGAAAAUGUUUUUCGUACAUUUUAUCUACCAUUUUUAUUUGAAUAUAAAUGUCAUUUUAUUGAUUAUAAUAUAUUGAUUAAUGCUAGGAAACACAGCAAAUCAAAUUAAUUAAUUAUGAUGAUAAU